AUGGCCCCAUCCGGAUCAGCUGCCAGCAAUUUCGAGAACAAACAACAAUCAACCCAUUCUUCGUCGCAUAACUUUCCUCCAACUGCACCAACAACCUUGGAUGAGGCCCUGCCUCCAUAUCCACGUCCAACACUGUAUCCUGCCUUACCGAACACAGGGGGGAGGGGUGGUUCUUGUGAAUGUGUAAGCGACUGCGCAACAGGGAACAGUUUAACAAAGCCACCUCGGGGGGAGGAUAGUGGACCGAGCGGAGGGAGUGUGGUCGGAGGAGUAGCUCUACCCGGUGCCUUUGAAACAUUUACUGAUUGGUCCAAGAUCAAAGAGGGCAUUGAGGAAAGCGGUCUGCCCAUGGGAGCAUAUCCAGUCGUGGUGGGACAAGGGGGUGCCACUUGGGUGCCACUAGAUCAAAAAGGCACCACCCGUUUUAUAGAAGCAAUAGAGAAGAAGGGAUUGAAGUCGCCCUUUACUACAUCCGCAUUGGAAGCACUGACAGCACACGGCCCCCUCCUUCCACAUGAUACAACAAAUCUCAUGCGAAUGGCACUCAAGCCAGUUCAGUAUACAUUGUGGGAACAAGAAUGGAAGGCCCAAUGCAGGCAAACGGUUGCCCGAGUGGAGAGGGACGAUCGUCACCCUCUUCGUCAGGGAGGUGGCACGAAUAUACAGAGGCUUACAGGAUUGGCGGGUGGGAUGGCCACGCCCCAAGGUCAGGCUGCUCUGCUGCAGCUGGGGGAGUUAUUGGCCACCACGGACGCUGUGAUUGAAGCAUUCAGGAGAUUUGCACGGGAUGCUGAGCCUCCAGCCCCGUGGACAACAAUUGUGCAAGAGCCUGCGGAAUCCUUCCAGUAGUUUGCAGACUGUCUGAUCAUGGCAGUGGAGGGAUCAGAACUACCCCAAGCAGCCCAUGAUCCGGUCAUCGUAGAUUGCUUAAAGCAGAGAUCCCAUGAGGAUAUAAAAAUUAUCCUUCGCUCUGCUCCAGAGGGAAUACGCACACCUGGCGAUAUUAUUAAGUAUGUGUUAGACAAACAAAAAGGGAUGCCUGUCACAGUGGAAAGCCUUGCGGCUGUUUUGCAGGAAACUGUCAGUUUCACCGUCAGUAAAGCCCGCCCCUCCGCUGGGGACGCUUGGUGCAGGUCCGUGCUUCCACUGUGGCGAACAUGGACAUCUCAAGGCUCAGUGCCCUGCUAG